AUGAUCUGGUUAGCCUCUAUCAUAUUGAUCCGAUCCAUAAUCUCAAAACAACAAGCAAAAGCCAGGCUUCCUCCAAGUCCUCUGGCCUUACCCAUCAUGGGACACUUCCACCUUCUUCGACCGCCCGUGCAUCAAGCUCUUCACAAGCUCUCGAGCCGUUACGGACCCAUGAUUCUCAUCUAUCUUGGUUCCGUUCCCUUGCUCGUUGUUUCUAGUUCUGAAAUCGUGAAAGAGAUAUUAAAAACCCAUGAAAUUUCUUUCUGUAACCGAACCCCCAGCUCUGCUAUCAGAUAUCUCACUUAUGAUAUAGCCGAUUUCGCAUUUGCCCCUUAAUGAACCUACUGGAAGUUCAUCAAGAAACUUUGCAUGUCAGAACUGCUUAAUGGUCGAAUGCUUGACCUACUCCUUCCCACCAGGCAAGAGGAGAUUAACCAUUUCUUGCAGGUCAUUCUAGAGAAAGCUCGAGCGGGAAAGCCUGUGGAUGUGGGAGCUGAGCUUGUGAGACUGGCCAACAGCGUCGUAAUGAGAAUGGCAAUUAGCAGAAGUUUCUGUAACGACGACGACGAGGAGGCUUAUGAGGUGGCUCGGGACGUGAAAGAAUCAGCCAAGAUUAGUGGAAGAUUCAACUUAUCAGACUAUUUCUGGCUUUUCAAAAGGCUGGAUCUCCAAGGAAUUGGGAAGAAACUGAAGCAGGUACAUGAGAGGUCGGACGCUAGGUUCGAAAGCAUCCUUCGUGAGCAUGAACAGGCAAGAGUUAAGUCCAACAAACAAGAUGCACCAAAGGGUAUACUAUAUCUUCUAAAUAUAUCAGAAGACCCGAGCUCAGAUGUCAGAAUCACCAGGGACAACAUCAAAGCCUUCCUGAAGGAUAUAUUGUCCGGUGGGACAGGUACAAUAGCCGUGGGGAUAGAGUGGGCGGUGGCAGAACUGACAAAGCACCUAGAUAUAAUGGAGAAAGCGAGGAAGGAGAUUGAGUCGGUGACUGGGAAUGAAAGAACUGUGAAGGAGUCAGACGUAGUAAAUCUUCCAUAUGUGCGAGCAAUAGUGAAGGAGUCGCUGAGGCUUCAUCCUCCUGCUCUGGUGAUCGUGAGAGAGUCAACUGAAAACUGCAACAUAGCAGGUUAUCAGAUUCCAGCCAAAACACGAGUGGUCAUAAAUAUCUGGGCACUCGGAAGGGACCCAGAUAACUGGGAUGAUCCAUUAGAGUUCAAGCCAGAAAGGUUCAUGAUGGAAGAUAAGAGUCCAGUGGAAGUGAGUGGACAAAACUAUAAUCUUUUACCCUUUGGAAGUGGAAGAAGAGGGUGUCCUGGAGCUUCACUGGCACUCAAUAUUUUCCAUACCAUUCUCGCUGCUAUGAUUCAGUGCCUUGAAUGGAAGCCUGCAGGAGAUCGAGAGAACGACGCCAGUAUUGUUGACAUGCACGAGGGAAACUCUCUUUUACUUCCGAUCUUGUAUUUCGUUACUGAUCGAUCAGUUUCAGAAUCGUCGCUUGAUCAUAUUAAUGAACCAAUAAUCAUAGCCAGUUUGUCUGGGAUAUGUUAG